GCCCGAGGCGGGCCCCUCUCCGGUGCACGGACUUAGGCAGCUGCGCGCGCGGCCGGCGCGGGCGCCUCCCCCAUGCUGCUCGGAGCGUCCUGGCUGUGCGCGUCCAAGGCGGCCGCCGCUGCUGCGCAGAGCGAGGGGGACGAGGACAGGCCGGGCGAGCAGCGGCGGCGGCGGGUGGCGGCCGAGGGGACUGGCGAGGAUAUGGACGAGUCGUCGCUGCUGGAUCUGCUGGAGUGCUCCGUGUGCCUGGAGCGUCUGGAUACCACGGCCAAGGUGCUGCCAUGCCAGCACACCUUCUGCCGCCGCUGCCUGGAGAGCAUCGUGUGCUCUCGCCACGAGCUCCGCUGCCCCGAGUGCCGCAUCCUGGUGGGCUGCGGCGUGGACGAGCUGCCCGCUAACAUCCUGCUCGUGCGCCUGCUGGACGGCAUCCGCCAGAGGCCCCGCGCAGGCACCAGCCCUGGUGGCAGUCCUCCCGCGCGCCCUGGCCCCAGUGCGUCCCCCGGGCUCGCCGGUGGUGGGGGCGGCGCGGCGGGCAGCGCCCCUGGAUCCCCGGUCUUCCUUCCCGCCGCUUUGGGGAGCGCCACCUCCAGCCUGUGCGAAUUGGCAACCAACCGGAGCGUGCCUGCGGCCAAGAAUUUAUCCCAGCUUCCCUAUGGCAAGGCCCUUUACAGCUACGAGGGGAAAGAACCUGGUGACCUCAAGUUCAACAAGGGGGAUAUCAUCAUCCUGCGGCGCAAGGUGGAUGAGAACUGGUACCAUGGAGAGCUGCAGGGCACCCAUGGCUUUCUCCCAGCCAGCUACAUUCAGUGUGUUCGGCCUUUGCCACAGGCUCCGCCCCAGGGUAAAGCACUUUAUGACUUUGAGAUGAAGGACAGAGACCAAGACAAAGACUGCCUGACCUUCACCAAGGAUGAAGUUUUGACAGUGAUCCGGAGAGUGGAUGACAACUGGGCUGAAGGCAUGCUCGGAGACAAGAUUGGGAUCUUCCCCCUGCUGUAUGUGGAGCUCAACGACUCUGCCAAGCAACUCAUUGAGAUGGACAAGCCAUGUCCAGCUGCCACAGCUGCAUCUGGCUGUGACACUCCCUUGUCCUCUGAGUCCGGUGGGGUGGCCAACAUGGCCCCAGGCCACACUCUAGGUAGCUCAGGGGCAGUCAGUGCCUUCCAGCGGCGUGUGGACAGCAAGAAGAAUGCCAAGAAACGCCACUCCUUCACGGCGCUCAGUGUGACGCACAAAUCCUUACAGGCUUCCAGCCACAGGCAUUCCAUGGAAAUUAGUGCUCCAGUGCUCAUCAGCUCCAGUGACCCCCGUGCUGCUGCCAGGAUUGGGGAGCUUGUUCAUCUGUCCUGCACUGUGCCCACCCAGGAUUCCUCUUCAACUGGACUCAUCCCCACAGUCAUUCCUCGAUCUACUGCAGUGGCUGGAGACCCGGUCACAUCUCCCAAAGUCCAGUUGCCCCUCAAUGUAUACCUGGCUCUCUAUGCUUACAAACCCCAGAAGAAUGAUGAGCUGGAGCUGCGCAAGGGUGAGAUGUAUCGGGUGCUGGAGAAGUGUCAGGACGGCUGGUUCAAGGGGGCAUCACUGAGGACUGGGGUCUCUGGGGUCUUCCCAGGAAAUUAUGUGACUCCUGUCUCAAGGGUUCCUGGAGGAGGAGCUGGGUCAUCUCGGAACAAUGUGCUUGGAGGGUCUCCACUGGCCAAAGGGAUGACCACUACCAUGCAGCCUGGUGGUGGAAGUUUGAGCAGUCCAGCAACCACCACCAGGCCAUCCCUGUCCCUUACCACACCUCAGGCUCAUGCCCAGCACCUGGCAGCUUCUCCACCAAUAGGCAGCUGCCUGCGUCAUGCAGCCCAGCCCACAGCCAACCAGACUCGGAACACCAUUCCAGCAGCCACCCACCCCUCAGCCCAGGCCCAGGAUCGACCCACUGCUACCGUGUCACCUCUGCGUACUCAAAACUCUCCAUCCCGCUUAUCUGCCACCAGCCUCAGGCCCCACUCCAUGGUGUCCCCACAGCACAGCCAGCAGCCUCCGAUGCAGAUGUGCCCCCGGCCGGCUAUCCCCCUCACAUCUGCAGCAUCAGCCAUCACCCCUCCCAAUGUCAAUGCUGCCAACCUCAAUGGGGAAGCUGCCGGGGGACCCGUCAGCAGCCUGUGUGCACCCAGCCCCACCAACGCAGGGUGCAAGUCAGAGGACAAGAAGAAUGAAAAGAAAGAGAAGAAGAGCGGGCUGCUGAAACUUCUAGCUGGGGCAUCUACCAAGAAGAAGACACGUUCUCCGCCAUCCAUCUCUCCAACCCAUGACCCCCAGGUAGUCAUGGAUUCUUCACUCCAGGGUGCCACGGGCCCUGAAGUGUCCCCAUUGUCCAUCCAUGGCAGAGCCGGCUCCUGUCCUAUAGAGAGCGAGAUGCAGGGGGCCAUGGGGUUGGAGCCUCUACACAGAAAAGCAGGCUCCUUGGAUCUAAACUUCUCCUCAUCUCCUUCCCGACAAGCACCUCUUUGCAUGGCUGCCAUCCGCCCUGAGCCCAAGCCAUUACCCAGAGAGAGGUACCGGGUAGUGGUCUCCUACCCACCCCAAAGUGAAGCGGAGAUCGAGCUGAAGGAAGGCGACAUUGUCUUCGUGCACAAGAAGCGAGAGGAUGGUUGGUACAAAGGGACUCUACAGCGGAACGGCCGCACAGGCCUCUUCCCUGGCAGCUUUGUGGAGAGCUUUUGAAGCCUGGUGCUCUUGUUCGGCACUGCUGGCUUCACGGAGGGUCUCCAGGAAACUGCCCCAGCUUGUUCCAGCUGUCAGUCUGUCCAUCACUCCCUCUUGUGGACCACAGAAGACCUUGAAGUUGAAGAGCACAUAGCUGCCUCCUGAUCUUUCUGGGACUUGCUCUACCCAUCAUGCCCUAGGCCCCAGGUCAUUUCAGGGGCACCUGGCAGGAACACCUGGACUGGGGUAGGGACCAAGGGUGGGUACACCUUCACCUGAAACCCCAUCUAAGAGCACACCAGGGUGUACUUUAAGGCCAUGCCAAGCCCUAGUAGGAAGGUGCCCAUACGGGCAUAUGUGCUGCUGUGUCCUCUGUCACCCAAGCAGUGCUUGCCACCUACACAAGAUGAGGAGCUGCAGAGGCUGCAGGCCUGGGCGGUGGGCUGGGGCCAAGAGCACUGGGAGGUGUCUUCCCUGGCUGCCCUGGAUGUCAGCCCUCUAUAUACCUCAGUCACCUGCUGCCUCUCCCCUCAGCUAGGGCGUUCACCAGUCCCUGAAAGGCCAGCCUCAUGGCUCCUAUUGGGUAGCCAAGCAGAAUCCUUGUGGCUUUGUCUCCUACCAGGAUUAUACUCAACACAGUUGUGUUCACUGUUGUCCCUCUACAUCGCUUCCUUCUUACAACAUCUUUUUAAUGUACAGCUGUUCGACUUUAUAUAUUUCUAGUAGGUCAGACAUUGCCUAUUUUUCAUACAUCUGGUGCUGCCUUUUUGUAAAACUAGUAAUGACUUGGGUGAGCUUGAAAGUAAAAAAAAAAAAAAAAAGUCUGAGGUAACAUCAAAGGCAGGAUUUUUAUAUUUACUAUUCAAAUUCUGAAGCCCGCUGUGAAGCCAGUCCUCAGCAUCGGCGCUGGCCACUGCUCUCUGUGAAGUGAGCGUUAGUGCUCUGCUGAGGUGAUAGGAGGGAGUUGGAAAGAGCCAACUUCUUUAAACCCUUACCCAAACCCCAGGCUCUGUCUAGACAGGGAUAAUUAUUACUCAAGAACUGGAAACAUGUCGAGGAGGACUGCCACAAAUGUCCUUUCAUGUGGCAGUACAGAGAACACAUAGGCCAACCCCAGCCCGGGAAGGUAGAAGCUUCCAUUUAUUGUUUCAGGAAGAAUCACUGCAGUCUCAAAAUCCGAUUUCUUACUGUCAAAAUGAGCAAGGUUUUUGUUUGUUUUGUUUGACCACAGCUACAAUCACCAUCUUGCAAAGAUUUUUUUUUUCUCCUUUUUAAAAAAUAAAUAACUGUUCCCAUUGUCCGGCUGUGCUAAACUUCCUACGCUGGAUACCUGAAGCACAGAGAGAAUGCAAGUCUGAUGUGUGGCUGAAGACUUGCAGAGACAACUCUAAGGAUCUGGGGAUGCUGGAAAGGGAGAGAGGCAGAAGGGGUGACCUCUGUCCUGGGACAAUCCCCUGAGUGUGUUGAUGGAUCUGUGUUCAUUAAUGUGAUGAGUCUCUUCCCAAGCAAACUGCCCGGAGAAACUCUGUUAGGAGACAACUUUGUCCUUAAGAUGUGUACCUUAGAGACACAUUUUUCUCAUCUCCGAAGUUGCAAUCUAUAUCCUCUUUACAUACAUUUUUAUACAAACUACUCAGACUUCUUAAGUUAUACUGAAUUAAUUAGCCUCCAGGAGCAGAAGGUGUCACUGGUUUUCAGAGAUGCCACACAUUUUAGAAAUGCAAUCUCUUGCCUGGCAUGAAGCCUUUGAAAUGGGGAACACUCAUUUUCAGAGUUCCUAUUUGGGGGUAUAACUUGGCUAUUUACAACUGCCACAUGGGGCAGUCACAUAGAAGGUAUGUGGGGCUUUUUCCUCUCCCACCAGAUAAUAGACUUAAUGGACAUGAGAAAUGAGUCCUGAAUCAGAGAGAAAUUCUGGCUUAAACACAGGGAACUCUAUGUGCUGGGUUAGUAACAACCAGAAUGUAUCUACUCACCAUCAUUGCCAAAUCACUCGAUUACCCAUGCACAAAAAUCCUGUGCGUGUUUAAAUUCAUGCUGUCACCCAACAGGUGCACAGAUUAACACCGUAGGUGAGACAUAUUUUCCAGCAGAACCAGAACUAACUCAAGUUUCUGUAAAAUAAAAAAUGCAUUUUUCCUUAAAGGAGGGCAGCUACAAAGCAACUACAUAGACUAACUCGGGCCUACUUUCCUCAUCCAGCCACUACUCCCGUGGUGCUCAUAGUGGAAACGUGUGGUAAGCGAGUGACAGCUGGCCCGGAAGAACACCCCAAUUCACCAUAGAGGGCUGGGCCAAGUAUCACUGUGUCUUUAGAAGUCAUUAACCGGCCCCUCCCCUGGCAGAAAUCAGAGGUGGACACUGGAACCAUCUUGAGAAGAAUAAUGAUGUUGCAGGCCCAGCCAGCACUAGGGUCUGCUCUCAGGCUGGGCGGUACUCCUGGAGUGAUGCCAGGCAGGGGAAAUAACCACACGACCCACCCCCAUGAAUCAUCUGAGUGCUUUCCAAACAUUCAGGCCCUUCCGCCUUCAUGACCACAGAAUCCCCGAGCAAGAGCAGCAAUAGAAGCCCUUGUCCUUUGGGGCAUCGUGCCUCCAAGUACACAUGUGAUGUGGCUAGUGAGAUGAAACCCAUACUUCAUCCUGGCCCAUGCUGGGAACUUCCUAGGUGUCAGUGGCAUGUGAUGGCUAAGGUGUUAUGUUGGUGUUUUGUUUUGUUUUGUUGAGGAGCAUUAUAGUAUAGUCAUGCCCAACUGAGUGAGGUCAGCAGAUACCAAGGAGACAGGGCCACAAGGGUCAGGGAAGCACAUGGGAUGGCAGGCAGCAGGGUAUAAAUGCCAUGCGGAACACCCCAAAACCAGUUCAGCCAACUGACUGGGAAUUCUUUGUACUUUGCACAGUAUACACACACACAUGCGCGCACAUGCAUACACACAGAGAUACACACACAUACAAUGUUUCUGUUAUACACCGAUGUCAGUGUGUGAUUUUGGAAGAAUUGACUGUGGUGACAAAUUAUGAUGCCUGUGUUUCCAAGUCUUUCAAUAAAAAUGAACGUGGA